UUCGCUGUAGCGAUUAAAUAACAAACAAAAAAAAAAUUUUCUACAAAAACCGAACAUGUUUAAUAAAUACGCGCUAAUUGGCAGCCUGGUGCGCCGCUCCUUUGGCAGCACCAACCAACUGAGACAGGCGAUUAAGAACCACCAGCCCAACAAUAUGGAGAAACGGUUUUUGGUAUGGAGCGGCAAAUACAAGUCGCAGGCUGAUGUUCCAGCUUUCGUCAGCCAGGAUGAGAUGGAACGUGUUCGCAACAAAAUGCGCAUCCGCCUGGCCAACAUCAUGAUUUUACUGACAGUUGUCGGCUGCGGCAUUAUGGUCUACAGCGGAAAGCAGGCGGCCAAACGGGGAGAGUCCGUGACCAAGAUGAAUCUGGAAUGGCACAAGCAGUUCAAUGAGCUCCAGCCUGAGGGAGCUGCUGCAGCAGCCCCAGCCACCACCAAAUAGGAAACAGAAAUAGAAGAGAAGCCUCAACACCCCCACUCGCAAUGAUUGUUGAUUAUUUCUGGUGUUUUUUCGUGAAGUUUGUUUAGAUAAAAAUUGAAUUGUUAGAUAUUUAUAGACCUGCACCAUUAAUCACAUUUAGUUAGACUUUUCUUGGUAUAACCACAUCCACAUGCUUGAUAUUCAGUGAUAUUUGUAAUAAAUAUUUUAUGAGUACAUGUGCAGUGUUCCAGCUCCCAGAUGCAAUUGAAAACGCUGCAAGCGAGCAACCGCAGCCGAGCAACAUCUGUUUCGUUUCGGUGGCCACCACUUGCACGGACGAGAGCGCCGACGCGGUGAGAGCUGACUCCGCCGUACGUUUUGUGUCCCGGAUUCGGAUGCUCAUUGUCGGAGGCGCCGUCGCUUUUCACUUUCAGUUUGUCGUGAGCAUUUGAACUCGGAGCAGCGCCCCCAGAGCCCACAGCGGGACGCAGUUGUGCCCCAAAGUUUUGUGGCAAUCGUGCGUGCAGGCAAUAGAAAAGCCAGAAAAGAAAAAAUAGCCACAGAAUAGCCAAAGGAAAGCUCGGAAAAAAUUUCCAAAGAAGCUACUAGCUGAAAAAGAGAGCAAAAAUGUACAAGAAAUGUUUAUUAAAAUAGUGUGGAGGCGAGUGUGGUGCGGCUAACGGAACGACGAAGCAAGUUGCUGCUGCACAACGAAACUUAGAUAGAGUACACACAUAGGAAACAUUUCAUAUCCCUGCGGCGAACAAUAAAACAAGAAGAGCCAGAAUCAGCAGCAGCAGCAGCAGCAGCAAACAGCAGAGAGACGGCAGUGACGGAAGCAGACGCAGAAGCAACAACAACUACAAUAAGAGCAAAAAUGACAGCAAUAAGUUUAAGCAAUAAAACACUGCUUGGCAAGCAGUUCAAAAAUGCACGCAUCACACAAUAAGCAGACCUCAAGGAUAAGCAAGAAGAAGAGCAAAAGCAAAAGCAGAACCAAGAGCAAAGGAGAGGCCGAAAGCGAGGCCGACGACGAGCUGGACAACAGAAAUAAAAGCUUUAAUUUAGGAGUUAAUCAUAUAUA